ACCACUAUUGCAACACCUUGUACUGUUAUAUCCAUCCUCAUUGCUUCGCCGUAGACAAGCUAAAAAGCUGCAAUAAAUAAAAUUGCGAUGGCCAUGGCUUGGCCAUCCCAAUUUUAACUUACUUUUGAGACAGGAAAUAAACAGGAAAGUGAUGGUUUUCAGGAUGAAGUUACUAAUUAUGACUGUGCUAUUUUACUAUGGGUGCUGUGAGGACACGGUGACAGUGAGGGAGCCCCCCGCGCGCCCCGCGCCCCCCGCCAACAGGAUCGUCAGGGGACACCCCACCACCGUCAAGACAUACCCUUACAUGGCGUAUUUAACUUUAUUUUUUACGAUGCGUGGUCAGAAGCCGCUGCUGGGUAACUGUGGGGGCGUGAUACUCACACAGCACCACGUGCUCACCGCUGCGCACUGCUUAAAUCUGUAAUAAAUUCUUAAUUUUUGCAUAUACUUAGUUACGAUUUAGCGGUCAGCUAUAUUUCACUGUCAUUAAUUUACAUGCUGCCUCCAAGAGCUUCGCUAUUAUAC